AUGGCGUCGCCAAAAUUUGAGCUUCUUUGGUUACCUUUGCCUUCCUUCUCAUGCGAUUUCUCUAUCCGCCGGCCAACGAGCUCAUGGAAGAUUAUAUCGAGAUUCAAUUUCAGUUCAGAUAAGACUCAGUCCAACAUGAACGUCGAAGGGCUUCAUGAAACGCUGUCUGAGGGCUCCAGCUCUUCUCUCACUCCAUGGAGCAGUCCUUUAACUAGCCUUUCUUCAAGGACGCCGAGUCCACCGACCCCACCAUUGCCGUACAAUGACUUGGAACACCCAGUUCGAAAAGAUGACACCAAAUCCCAUUUGACUGUGACUAGUACCUAUGCACAGGACUGUCUUUCCGGACUGGCCCUCAGAGAUGAGGGCCACUACAACCCUUGUGUGCUCAAGUCUACUGUGGACGUCGUGCGAGGUAUUGAAAUCAAACGAGAUGCCUUCUUCGCAUCCAUAAAGGACAUCGUACUUCCACUCCUGGGCGCCAAAGAGCAAUUUUAUCAGACGAGGCAUAACUGGGGUGUUAGCGUCCAGCCAUAUCAGGAGUUAGAGUCACAACCUAUAGGGCUUCGAGCAAAGCUAAAACCAUACCAGCUUCAAGGACUGUCGUUUCUUCUGCAUCUCCGAAAUAAUGGAGUUGGCGGUAUCCUCGGAGAUGAGAUGGGCCUAGGAAAGACUGUCCAGGCGCUCGCACUUUUCCAAUACAUCAAAGAGCAUGAAAAUGAAGUGCACUUGGGGAAGCCUGGCCCGUUUCUGGUAGUGAGUCCCUGCAGCGUCAUGGAAACUUGGCUUUCAGAGAUAUCGAAAUGGACACCCGAACUCACUUCGAUCAAAUUACACGGGACUCCAGGCAAGAAGGCGGAGAUCAAAAAGAUCCUGACAGCUAGAGAAGGCAAAAUACAAAAGAGUUUGACACCUGCAGUGGACAUCGUUGUCACCUCAUACGAGACGCUUAUCUCCGAUAUAAGAUGGUUCCGAAAUUUCACUUGGAGAUAUGUUGUUUUGGAUGAGGGCCACCGAAUCAAAGAUAAUCAGUCACAACGAUCAAAGGCUAUUCAGGGUCUUCGCGCUGAAUUCAAGCUCAUCCUCACUGGAACUCCGGUACAGAACAACUUGAAGGAAUUGUGGUCAAUAUUUCACUGGCUUUACCCUGGUGUUUUCAUUCCACCCACCGCAGAAUGUUUCGAAGAGGCAUUUUCCCUUGGCGGCGGAAAAUUUGAUCCCAAAUUUCUUGAACAUGUUCAAAAUUUUCUGAGCCUCAUUAUGCUGCGAAGGGUGAAAGACUCGCCAGAAGUAGGGCUUUCAAUCCCUACAAAGACAGAGACCGUACUCUCAGUGCCCCUUUCGGAUUUCCAACGGUCUUUGUACUUGAGAAUCCUAACUGGUAUAGAAAAUUUCUCUCUUGAUGGACAUGGUGGUAUUCCAUGCGAGCACAAAAGUCGGACAGAAGCACACCAGCAAUUCAAUAUGGCCCGUGAGCAGAGCGAUCGUGGUUUCACUGACGGACCUUCCAGACUGUUGGCAAAGAAUUUUAGAACGAAAAAAUACAGGAUCUUGAGUAAUAUCCUCAUGGAAUUGCGUAAGUGUUCGAUUCAUCCAUAUCUCUUGGAAGAUGCAGUCCCCGAGCCAUAUGAAAUUGGAGUGCAUAUCAUCGCUAAUUCCGGGAAAUACAUUGUUCUCUUCAAGAUGAUAGAACACUUUGUGAUAGCUCACAGAGAGAAAAUCGUUAUAUUUUCAAACUUCACCCAAGCUUUGAAUCUUUGUGAGGAUCUCCUUCUUUUCUUCCAGAACAGCGGUGAUACUGUGAGAUGGGUUCGACUUGAUGGGAGCACGUCUAGUGCUAGACGAAACCUCUCCACGCAUCUAUUUCAGAACGAUCCAAGCUCCUCGAUAGUUAUCUUCUUGGACGAAGAUUGGAAUCCGCAAGUUAUGCGGCAAGCCGAGGCGAGAGUUCACCGGAUUGGCCAGACGCGCCCAGUAAGGAUCUUCAAGCUCCAGUCGAAAGGCACUGUGGAAGAACAGAUCAGUCGUCGGACUGCCAAGAAAGAACAUGUAGCCGCCAAAGUGAUGGAGGAUAUACAUGCAGCUUAUGAUGAGUGCACUUUCUUGAAGGCAUUUGACUCUCAGGGGUUAGUCAACGAGAUGGAUACGGGGGACUUGUCCGCAUUGAUCCACAGCCGACCAGUUUUGAUAUCAGAUAAGUUGAACGCGAAAGAUUUAAGCUGGCUCGACUGGAACAUGAUCUUGAAUGCCUGGUUAACACGCGCGGAACGAGUGAAGACCAACAUAUUUGACGGCAAGAAGGUCGACACAAGAUUCAGAUCGCUGUCCAUCUACGAGGCUCUGCCCGAGGACCUUUGUCGAGCAGAUAGGCGCAUUGGGAAGGAAAGAACGGUCAUGAUUGACGGCUUCUCAGUGGGAAAGGACAGUAUCAAUCUAGCGGCCUUGUCGGACGCAAAGGAUUCAAAUUUGACACAGGGCGACUUGAAGCAGAUGGUGCAUGAAACUACAUGCUUUCUCUGUCGGAAGUUCAACCCUCUGAAGUGCGAUCUUUGUCCAUUGGCUUUCCACAAAGAGUGCCUUGAAUCGAUUAGUGUAUUCCGCCGCGACAAACUGAGAUUUUUAUGCCGGUGGUCUUUUAUACUGCUGUUUGACCUGCUUUAA